AUGCUGAAGUUCAUCAACAUAGCAGGGGACGUGGUGGUGGAGCUUCACCCAGACACUUUCUCUGGCUCGAAUUCUUUAGUUGGCGAAGUCACAGAGCGCCUGUCCAAGAUUCUUAACUUUUCCAGCUUCGGCAUCAAGUUGGUGAGCUCUGGGACUGUUCUCGCAGAUCAACAGUCCUGGCAUGAGCUUGGCAAGCCGCAAGAAAUUCAGCUGGUAACUCUGCCACUGGUCACCCAUUGUGAGCGGGACUUGUUGGCAGCCGUGCGCAGGGAAGAUGUCUGCAAGGUCGAGAAGAUCCUGCAGAAACCCCAUGAUGCUGCCUGUACAUACCCUGACGGCACGCCCAUGUUGGUUGAAGCCAGCCGCAAAGGGAAUCACGAAAUCGUGAAGCUGCUGCAUAGAGCCCUUGCAGACAUCAACUCCACUGGCAGGAACGGCCGUACUGCUCUGUACGAGGCAGUCGCCGCCUACAACCUUGCUCAUGGGCAUUUCGAAGUUGUGCACUUCUUGGUAGAUGCUGGAGCCAACACUGACCAGCCGGACUGGUUAGGGAACACGCCCCUGCACGCAGCUGUAAGUGGUGGGGGCGGAUACAACACUGAAGUUGUUCGCCUACUGCUCAAAGCCUCCGCGGACAUGGACCAGCCCAACAGCCAGGGAGUGACUCCCUUGCGCGCCGCUGCCCGCUGGGGCCACGUCGAAGACGUGAGUGCCCUGCUCGAUGCUCAGGCAGACCCGAACAAGGCCGAUGCUUCCCAGGGCACGCCCCUCUUGGCCGCCGUCCAGCGGGGCAACGCCCGCAUGGUCCGCCUGCUCGUGGAGAAGCGAGCUCAGGUGGAUCAGGGCCAGCAGCACGAAGCCCCGCUGUUUGCAGCGAUCCACUCGCAGCACGUGGAUAUUGCACGCUGUUUGGCUGAUGCGCAGGCAGAUGUGCAGAAGACGAGCUCUGAUGGGAUGACACCUCUGCAUGCUGCAGCGGCCCAGGGGCACUUGCCCAUGGUGGAGUUUCUGGCGAAGGCGAAAGCAUCGGCUGAUGUCAACAAGGCCGAUGCCACAGGCGACACCCCGCUUUUGUCUUCGAUCUGGCUGGGAUUCUCCGAUGUGGUCCGAUUUCUGAUCGAGUGCAGAUCUGAUGCGGAUGUUGCAGACAAGUCCAACAACACACCUCUGCACGCAGCGGCAACCCAAGGUGACGUGGCCAUUGUCGGAGCCUUGCUUCAAGCCCGUGCUGAUCCAGAUCGACGCAACGACGACGGUGAGACGGCCUUGUUCACAGCGGUCUGGUCGGACCAUCUCGAAGCCGUGCAACAGCUCCUGCAGGCAGGUGCCGAUAUGCACGUGCUGGAUGGGAAGGGCAGCAGCGUGGCCCACAUCGCUGCUCGGCUGGGUCGAGCUCCCCUGGUACAUGCGCUCCUCGAAGCUGGAGCCGAUAUGCACCGCGUGGACUGUCAAGGUGCCACGCCUAUGCAAGAAGCUGAAGCUGGGGGACACCAGGAGGUUGUGGAUCUUCUGUUGGGCCGGACUGAUGCCAGAGAAGCAAGCUACCUGUGA